AUGGGACCCAAACCAUACGCUGUGCUUCAUGAUUUGACGGCACCGGACCUUCCUGGCGGAAAAACAUACGCUCAACUUGUUGAAAUUCUCGGAGGGCACUUUAACCCACAACCCCUACAGAUAGCAGAACGAUUCAGAUUUCAUAAAAGGGAUCAGAAGGAGGGGGAACCAAUUCGGGAAUUCAAUGCGGCGAUUCGUAAGCUGAGUGAACAUUGCGGAUUCGGAGCGGUAUUAGAAGAAACCUUGAGGGAUAGACUAGUAUGUGGUCUAAGAAAUGAACAAAUACAAAGGAAACUUUUGUCAGAGGAUGGCCUCACCUACAAAAAUGCACUCGAUAUUUCCAUCGCCAUGGAAACUGCUUCGAGGGAUGCCAUAGAACUCCAGAAAGAGAAACAACAGUCGGUUAAUAAAAUAAAUAAAUUCAAACAGAAUAACAACAGGAAACACAUGAAUAAGAAAAAAGGUUCAACUGAACAUAAAGGAACCUCAGGCUCCUGUUUCCGAUGUGGGGGAACAAACCACACCGCUGCUGAUUGUUAUUUUAAGGAGUCGCUAUGCCACGGUUGUAAGAAAAAGGGACACAUAAAGAAGGCAUGUAUGGAAAAACAAUUCAAGAAGGGUAAAGUUUACUCGCUCAAUCAUGAGGAUGAUGAUGAGGAAACAUUGUUGGGAAGUUUUACAGUGAAAAACCUCAACUCUGAUGUUAUUUGGGUCAACCCGGAAGUAAAUGGUAAACUCAUCAGUAUGGAGCUGGAUACUGGGUCUCCAGUAACUAUUGUACCUGCCUCGGUGUAUAGAAAACAUUUUAAAGAUCAUGAACUAGAGACAACAACACUGAAACUUAAAACGUAUGCAGGGGAUACAAUCAAUCCACUGGGUCUUUUACAGGCUAGAGUCAAAUUAAAUGGACAGACAGCAGUACUUCCGAUACAUGUCGUAAGUGACAAAUGUAAGGGACCACCAUUACUUGGAAGAAAUUGGCUGAGUGCUUUAACCCUGGAUUGGACAGAAAUCAAGAAGGCGAAGAAUGAGAACCUUCAUUAUCAUACAGAUGUAAAGGAUCAGAACUUGCUGAAACAAAAGUACGCGAGUGUAUUUAAAGAGGAACUGGGCACACUUAAGGACAUUACAGCCCAAAUUAAAGUCAAACCUGGGUCAGAUUCAAAAUUCUGUAAGGCUAGAACAGUGCCCUAUGCUAUAAAACCUAAGGUGGAAGCAGAGCUGUUGAGGCUUGUCAGCACAGGGAUACUCAAGAAAGUAGAAACGAGUGAAUGGGCUACCCCCAUUGUGCCGAUUCCCAAGAAAGAUGGUUCGGUAAGGAUCUGUGGGGAUUUCAAAGUAACAAUUAACCCUGUCCUAGAUGUGGAUCAAUAUCCACUACCCAAAAUUGAAGAUAUUUUCGCGUCCUUGGCGGGAGGUAAACAAUUUACAAAGCUAGACCUAAAACAGGCCUAUCUCCAAAUGGAAGUGAAAGAGGAAGAUAGGAAAUUUCUUACUAUCAACACUCAUUUGGGAUUGUUCCAAUAUCAACGCUUGGUUUUCGGAAUAGCGUCAGCCCCGGCUAUUUGGCAGCGUGCCAUGGACCAGGUGUUACAAGGGAUAUCAGGAGUACAGUGUAUCCUGGACGACAUGAUUGUCACAGGCGGAACACGAGAUGAACACAUGCAAACCCUAGAAACAGUACUCCAACGGUUAGACACAUUUGGGUUAAGACUGAACAAUGAAAAAUGUGCAUAUAUGCUGGAUAAGAUCGAAUUUUGCGGACAUGUAAUCGAUAAAGAUGGUAUACACAAAACUGGAGAAAAGGUGGAUGCUGUGGUAAAUGCACCUAAUCCUACAAAUGUGAGUUAA